AUGGGUGGCCAGGUUGUGACACAUCGAUCAUUCUUGAAUGAAGCCUUUCACUUUUUGAUUUGUGCUGGUGGUAUUUUAUCAUGCUAUUUCUAUUUUGGAAUACAACAAGAACGAAUUGUUCAAGGAAAGUAUGCAAAUGAUGAGAAGUUCACUUAUACCUUAGCUUUAGUAUUUUUUAUGUGCACAGCUAACACUAUUUUUGCUAAAUUACUUCGAAACCCCACUGAUGUGGAUAAUAUUCCUACAAAAAUGUAUGGCAUGUGCGCUUUUAGUUAUCUUGCUGCUAUGAUCUCUAGUAAUCAGGCUUUACAAUAUCUUUCAUAUCCAACUCAGGUCUUAGCGAAAUCCUGUAAACCAAUUCCGGUUAUGCUCUUUGGCGUUUUUUUUGCAGCCAAGAAGUACAGCCUACGAAAGUAUUUUUUCGUACUUAUCAUUGUAGCUGGUGUUGCUCUCUUCCUCUUCAAAGAUAAUGCAAAAGAUAGUAGCAAUGGUUACGGGCAAGGAGAAAUUUUAUUGUUAACCUCUUUGAUUAUGGAUGGAGCUACAACUUCUCUCCAAGAAAUAAUGAACCAAAGCCAUCGCAAGAGUCCCCUUAGUAUGAUGUAUUAUAUGAAUUUGUAUUCAUCCUUUUAUUUACUUAUUGGACUGAUCGUCACUGGAGAACUCUUCAGCUUCAUAGGAUUUGUUAAUCGCCACCCAACUAUUGUAAGCGAUUUGAGCUUGCUGGCUAUUUCCAGCUGUGGAGGACAGUAUUUCAUCUUCAAAACGAUCAAUGAAUUUUCUCCACUCACCUGCUCAAUCAUCACAACAACCAGGAAACUUUUCACUAUCAUCAUCUCUGUGAUUUUCAUGAACCAUCCUUUGAGCCAACGACAGGUAAUAGGAACCGCACUAGUAUUCGGCGGACUCAUAUGCGAUGCUAUUGAUAGUAAAUUUUCAAAAAAUAAGAAAAAGUAA